AGAGCAUUUAUUCUGCGUGCCACACCAAGCAGCAGUUUGCUUAUAUUACAUGAGGUGCAUGUCAUUGGUCACAGUGCAUGAAGUGCGCUUUUUCGGCUGUACUCCACGAAGCGCGUUUUUUAUUUAACCCUUUGCAAGCCUUCCGCAGCAGCAGCUGCAGUACUACAAGCUUUUCACAUCGACCGCGCAGCUGGGACGGUGCCUUGGCCUAACUCCACGCCUGCGAGCCCUGCGCGGCCGGGCCCUGGUCUGGCCCGGAGCAACGGGGAAAGUCCAGACGCGCCGCACCGCGCCCCUGGCGGCCGAGCAUGGCCGCGUUAGGCGGGGCCUGGCCGGGCACACCCCCGGCGGCGCGGCCGCUGACGCGCUCCGACGGCGACGGUCUCCCACCCGGCAGCUGUGCGCGGCCCACGCGGGACAGUGGGGAGCAUGGGACGGGCUGCUGGUGCUGGUGGCGGCGGUGGGGAUGGCGGUGGGGGGCCGGCGGUGCUGGACCCGGUGCGCAGCUUCGAGCGCUGGAAGAAGAAGUACACCCGGCGCACGAAGCGGCUGCGGCAGCAGCGCAAGGAGAGGGAGCGGCCCGAGUGGCAGGUGGAGAGGGAGGGCAUCAGCCGCCUGGUGCAGCAAUACCCGCAGAUAAAUGCAAAUGAAAUUGAAAGAUUUUCAGAUUUUCCGUUGUCAAAGAAAACUCUAAAAGGACUGCAGGAAGCUCAGUACCGCAUGGUAACUGAGAUACAGAGGCAAACCAUAGGUUUGGCUUUACAAGGUAAAGACGUACUUGGAGCUGCAAAGACUGGAUCAGGCAAAACCUUGGCUUUUAUUGUCCCGGCUUUGGAACUCCUAUAUCGCCUUCAGUGGACAUCAGCGGAUGGAUUGGGAGUUUUGAUAAUAUCGCCUACCCGGGAACUGGCAUUUCAAACUUUUAAGGUUCUGCGUAAAGUGGGAAAGAAUCACGACUUCUCAGCUGGCCUAAUCAUUGGAGGAAAGGAUCUGAAAGAAGAGUCUGAGAGAAUCCACCACAUAAAUAUGCUGAUUUGUACUCCAGGACGGCUUCUACAGCACAUGGAUGAAACUUCGUAUUUCUAUGCAUCUGAUCUGCAAAUGUUGAUUCUUGAUGAAGCUGACAGAAUUCUAGAUAUGGGGUUUGCUGAUACAAUGAAUGCAAUCAUAGAAAAUCUGCCUAAGAAACGCCAGACCUUGCUUUUUUCUGCAACACAAACAAAAUCAGUGAAGGAUCUUGCGCGGCUGAGUCUGAAAGAUCCAGAAUAUGUUUGGGUUCAUGAGAAAGCCAAAUUCAGUACCCCAGCAACUCUGGAUCAGAACUAUGUUGUUUGUGAGCUUCAACAAAAAGUAAACAUGUUAUACUCUUUCCUGAGAAGUCACUUGAAAAAGAAGACCAUUGUGUUUUUUGCAAGCUGUAAAGAGGUCCAGUAUUUAUUCAGAGUGUUCUGUAAGCUUCAACCUGGUCUUCCUGUACUAGCACUGCAUGGCAAACAGCAACAGUUCAAGAGAAUGGAAGUCUACACUUGUUUUGUUCGGAAGAAGGCAGCAGUACUUUUUGCUACAGAUAUUGCAGCUCGUGGCCUGGAUUUUCCAGCAGUAAACUGGGUCAUUCAGUUCGACUGUCCAGAGGAUGCAAACACGUAUAUCCACAGAGUGGGAAGAACAGCCAGAUACAAAGAAGGGGGUGAAGCUUUGUUAGUGCUGCUUCCCUCAGAAGAAAAAGGCAUGGUGCAGCAGCUGGUGCAGAAGAAAGUACCUGUCAAUGAAAUAAAAAUCAAUCCUGAUAAGCUUACAGACAUCCAAAAGAGGAUGCAAGCUUUCUUAGCCCAAGAUCAGGAGUUAAAAGAGAAAGCUCAAAGGUGUUUUGUAUCCUACUUGCGUUCCGUUUACUUGAUGAAGAAUAAGGAAGUAUUUGAUGUUUUCAAAUUGCCUCUAGCAGAAUAUGCUCUAUCACUUGGUCUUGCAAUGGCACCUCGUGUGAGAUUUCUUCAAAAAGUUCAGAAACAGUUAUCUGCGAAUGAAUCGGCUGAUAAGACAAAUCCCUUAACGGAGAAAGAGCAGAACAAAAAUACCAUCUCAAUAAACAAGGAAGGAGUGGAGAAAUGCAGAACUAAUUUCAGUGGAAAGGUAUCUGCUAACAAAGCAAAGGAAGAGGAAGGAAGGAAAGAAACAGAAGAACACCCCCCUUCCAGUGAAGGUCCUGAGGAGAGUGAUGAGUCUGAGGAUGGAUCAGAAGAAGUAUCUGAGGACGAGGAAAAAGAAGCUGCAUUAUCAAGCAGGGCUCCAAACACAGACUCCAUGCAGUUCUUCGAAGAUGACGACGAUGAUACUAAAGAUCUUGAUUUGCUGACAGUGAAACGACGGAAUGUUUUUGGUGUGGAAGCUAAAGAUGGUCCAGCACAGAAUGCAUCAAACUCAAAGAUGAAGAAAAAAGCAACCAGAGCUCAAGAAGCCAAAAAAAUCUUGAAGAAGAAAUUUAAAGUCAACACAAGAAUAGUUUUUACUGAAGAUGGAGAGUUAGUGCAGCAGUGGCCACCUUUGCAAAAAUCCAGUUUGGCAAAAGCAGAUGAAGAAGAUGAUGCCAGUGGUAUCAACUUAGAUAAAGUGAAAGAGAUACUGCGGGAAGAAGACAAAUUUGACAAAGAAGAAUACAGGAAGAAAAUUAAGGAAAAACACAGGGAGAAAAGGCUAAAAGAAAAAGCAGCAAGGAGAGAAGCCAGGAAUAAGAACGCCGAGGUUGAAGGGGAAACAGUGGCCGUUCUUGCACACAGUGGAAGUGAAGACGAGUUUGACCCAAGUACUCUUCCAGAUCCUGAUAAAUACAAAGACUCGGAUGAAGAGCAAGAUUCAGAAAGUGAAGAUAGUCAUAGUGAACUUGAGGAGAAGAGCGGAAGAAAGAAAAGAAACUACGGUAGCAGUAAUGCAGCAGAAGAAAUGCCACUGAAAAGAAAGAAGGCUAAAUUCAGCCAAGAGGAGGAGGAUCCCUUUUUGCCAUUGGAUACUGGGCUUUCUCUGGCAGAAGAUGAAGAGCUUGUGCUACAGCUGCUCAACAGUCACAGCUAAUUAUUUUCCUGCAGGUUUUCUUUUCAGGGAUGUCUUCACAAUUUUGUCAGUAGUCUACACAAUUUGGCAUCUGGGCAGAUGGGUACCAGUGGAUGGAGAAAAAUGUUUUCCAUGCGCAACGGGCUUGUCUCCUAUCGACCUGGAGAUUAUAGACAGGGUUUAGUUUGAUAUAUAAGGCUUUCUAAACCAACUUUCUGACCUAAAUCCCUGUAUGUCAUUUUGCCAUAACAGGUUUAUAAUUUUAAAUCCACAGGUUUUGAAGCAAUUAUCUUUUUUUAAAAAAAGUGAAUAAAUAAUUAAUCUUAAAUAAAAAUACAGUGCUCCUUUCUUGGCUGUGUCAGAUUUGCUAUUUUGGAAGAUAAAUGUGUCCUAAGAUGACUGAGGAAUAUUAUUGGCAGCUCAAACCAUGCUACCUAAAAAUAAAAAACUUUUUUUCUUCUGCGUAUCAUGCACAUAUAUUUAAAAUAUUUUAUUAAAAUUCCUGAAGCUUU